GGCGCCAUAUUCAUGUCGUGUUUGCGGAAGUGUCCUUCAACACUACACCAGCAACGAGUAAACAGACCUCCAGGAUGUCGCAAGGCGCUAAGUUUUAGCCUUUAAUGUUAGAUUUUAUAAACUACUAGCUGUGGUACAGAAGCGCAUGGUGGAUACUUUCUAGACUCAGAAAGUGAUUGGAGGCACCAUACUGAACAUUUAAGCUUUUGUAACUUUUCAAUGGCAGCUGAGAGGCUGAUGAAUGCGAUGGUGUCUCUGCUACGUUAAGAUAGCAUGCUAAGCUAAGUGCUAGCCACGGCUAACGUCAGUUAGGUUUUUGGAAUGUUAGAGCGCAGCGCGAGCUCCUCCGGACAUGGCAGCGGCUGCACGAGCCGCUUCUGGCGGCUCUUUCGACUCAACUUUAGAGAGGAAGUUUCAAGGUGUUUCCAACACGAUGGAUUCAAUUCAAGGACUGUCAACGUGGUGCAUCGACAACAAGAAGUACCACAGCCUGAUUGUGCGACACUGGAUAAAGUGUUUGAGGAAAUCUGAUACCUCACAGAGGCUCAACCUUUUUUACGUUGCCAACGAUGUCAUUCAGAACUGUAAAAGGAAAAAUGCCAUUGUUUACCGCACUGCAUUUGCCGAGGUACUCCCUGAAGCCUUCGUGCUGGUCAACAGUGAAGGUGACCCCAAGGUGAUUCAAUCGGUGGAGAGGAUACUGUCCAUCUGGGAGGACAGGGGUGUGUAUUCAGGGACACUCGUUGCUGAGCUCAGGAGUAGCUUAGUCAAAGAAGAGUCCCCGCCUGAGACACCCGUGGAGCAAAAAACUCCAGUUGAGUCUAAAGCAGAUAUUCAGUCCAAGGUUGUUGCUGAGUUUGUGCCCCAGGCACUAUUCGACGAACUGUCCAAGUACAAAAAAUCUCUGGAGGAGGUUGACCUGAGAGAGAAACAGCUGGCAGCUAUGAGGGUUGACAUCUGCAGUUCUGAUGCCCUCAAGAGACUAAAAGAUAAGGCAGGAGGAAAGAAAUUCUCCAAGGACUUUGAGGAAGGAAGUGCGCAGCUCCAGGAGUUUGUCAAGUUCUUUGACCAACAAAUCAAAACAGGGCCUCCUCUCAUGGAGGCCCUCAGCAACGCAGAUAUCUUCUACGAGAUGCAGUACAAGGAGGUCAAGAUUGUUGCUAAUGCCUACCAGACAUUCGCCAACCGGGUGUCCCACCUGAAGCGUAAACUGGACGCCCUGAGAGGUAACUUGCCAGACCUGGACGAUUCACCCAUCCCCUCGCCUUCUGCAGACGCACCAUCUCCAACGGGCUCAGAGUCCCCUUUUCGUGGUUUGGAAUUGGCCCACCCCGAUCCAGAUCUUGAUGGCUGUGCCAUGGAUGAUGAGGCAGAGCCACCGGCCCCGAGCCCGCUGUCCUCACCGGGAGGAUCCCCCAAACCCAUGGAGACUCUCGGGCAGAAUGACAACCGUGAGGUAGAAGACAUGGAGCUCUCUGAGGAAGAAAUGGACAGCUGUGGCAUUAUAGUUGAGGACCAGAUUGAAUGCCCCGCCCACGCAAAGGUGUCCACUUCAAAAACGGAGCCAUCAGUGGCAACAGAGCAGCCUGUCACACAUGUCCCCAAAGCAGCUCCUGCAAAAGCUGUUGUAGCAGCAGCAGUAGUGGAAAGUGUUGACCUGGGUAAAAUCGGUUCCAUCCUCAACAGUUUAAAAGUCAUGAAGAACACAGGACCAUUAGUGGAGACCCCUCCUGCAGCUGCCCCUGCGGCCUCCUCAUUGAAGACUACACCUGCUGCCCCUGUGGCCUCUCAGGAUGCCAGUUCUCUGGUAAACCUCCUUUCCAAGGUGGACAUGAGUCCUGCAGACAUCCUCGGCGCUCUCUCCAAAGUCCAGGGCCAAGGCAGCUUUGAGGGCAUCACUUCUCUUCUGAGCAGCCCAGCUGCAAAUGUCUCAUCAGACUCGUCCAGUACAGGCAAGAUUCCUCCAUCAUCCACAUCUGUGUCAGCAGUACCCUCUCAGACCCCGUCUCUCGCGUCUGUUGCACCUGUGCCUUCACACAGCUCCACUGUAAGGCUGAGUAAAAACUCCCAAGCCCCGCCCAAGACUUCCAACGCAGCCUCUGCCCUUGUCCAGGCUCUCCAUAGAGACAUGGAUCUGACAACAGAGCCAGAACCUGCCAUGUCUUCUGAGAGUUUAGAGUCUAAAAUCCACAGCUUCCUGCAGGGGAACCCUGCUUUCAAUGCAUUUGGCAUUGGUCUUCCCACAAACCCAGUGCCGGCAGUGGAAAAUCUCAGUCCAGUAACUGGGACAGACAACCAGGGUGGGACCCCAGUGCGGGACGAGGGAGGCGGCACCCCAACUCAAGAUGAGAUCAUGGACAAGCCUGUGAUGGUCCCGUUCAUCGCCAACACAAAUCAGUCAAAUCAGUUAUUGAUUGGAGAAACGGUUAAAACGGCUCCUAUUGCAUAUCAGAACAGCAGUCAGCAGAACAAUCCCCAACAGCAAGCUCACCUGCAGCCAGAUGGGGCUCCUCAGAACGGGCAGGUCUACCAGCCGUACCGAUAUGGCAAACACAAGAUGUCAGAGCAUGGCAUUACUGCACCUGUUGCACAUUACCAGCAGAUUUCUGCACAAACAGGAGGGCCAGUGCCUGGAGAAAGAGCCCCAGGCAGUGCCAGUAGCACACAGACAAUCGAAGGCUUUCAGGGUGAAAGCGGUUUGGUAUGGAGACACGUACCCAGGGGGGAACUCCCAGCAACCCAGAGGCUACAAUGUGACAGCGCCUGGAGAAAACAAGACGUCAGGACUUUAUCCAUACCAAACAGCGAAAUUUCAGGAACCUCAAGAGUUGGCCUCCCAGCAGGGGGCCGCCCCUCUCCUGGUUUCUUUAGAAGUUCCCUUCCUCCUGUCCCAAAGCCUCCUCCCCCACCUCGUGUCUUUGACGGCCCUCCUUCCGCAACCAGCAGUAUGAUGAUGUCACCAAAGCCGCAGCCAGUGCCUAGUGCAGGUGCUGGGGAGGUGAUCGGGGCCAGAGUCGACAGUGUCAUCAGUGGGAUAGUCGUACACGACCAUCAACACAAAUCCAUGUUUCAUCCUGAUGAUUCGCUUUAUGACCUUGACCGACCUCAUCCUGAGGACUUUCACCCUCAUCCAGAACAACCUCUCCUGCCUCACCCUGAGAACUUUCACCCUCACCCAGAACGGCCUCUCCCGCCUCACCCUGAGGACUUUCACCCUCACCCAGACCGACCUCUCCCGCCUCACCCUGAGGAUUUUCACCCUCACCCAAACAACCUGCGUUACCAGGAUGAGCUCCAUCAUCAUGAUGCCCCUUUCUUUCAAGACGACCCUUACCACCAGCCAGAUGAGCCAUAUUACAGGCCAGGCAGCCCUCCUCAACACUACCCCAGAGUUCGAGGGCACCUCACCCCCCCUCUCUCUCCUUCAGUUGACCCUUACUACGCCCAAAACUACCAGCGGCAUAGCUACACUCCAAGGAGACCACCACCUAAUUUUGGAAUUCGUCAUCCUGGUCAACGGUUUCCACAUCGUCCUCCCCACCCAGCACACCACCCACACCCCAGAGGACACCCACAUGCACCAUUUCCUCGAUUCCAAGGCCCUGGUCCAAGGUUAAGAGGCAAACGUCCAGGUCCAAGAGGAGGCGGACCUCCUGCUCCAAUGUUCCCCCCGAAAAGACCCUUUCCACCCCCACGGUACUGACUGGACUUGUAGCCUUGAGCUCUUUAAUUCACUGUGGAUGUCAUGAAAGCAGUGGCAGGACUUUUACUCAGUGUUGAGGUCAACACUUAAAAGUGCAGAUACUGAGGUGGAGCUCAGAAUACAAUGUUGUACUGAAGAAGACUUCAUUCAGCAGCUACCAGAAGAAAAGAGUGGGUGGCGAAGAAUAAAGGAUGUGGAGGAGAGACAACACCAGGAGAUGUAAAAGAAAUCGGAGGCUCUGAGAGGGCUGCUGAGCAGAUGAGUGAAGACAGAAGAUUAAAGAAAAUAAGAGGUGGAUAUAUAUAUAUAAUUCACUUUUUGUGUUUUUUUUCUCUAGUAUGAAGCAUUGAAUCUAAAUACGGAAUUAAGCAUCAGUUUGAUAAAGGUCAGAGUGUGUGCAUGGAAUGCGUGUGUGCAUGCGCUCAAGUGUAAGUUAACUAGUCCCAGAAGUUGAAUGCAACAAUAGUUAUUUUUGCUAAGAGAGUAACAAAAGAAUGUAGUUGGUCCAAUGUUUCUGCUGUUUUAGUUUUUCAGUGAGCAGUUUUGACUGCUUCUCUUCAUAUCAGCAGUUUCCCAGUAGCUUUUGCUAAAAAUUAAAUUGAAAUUAAAUCACUUUGGGUAUGAAAAACAGAGUGUAUGUUAUAGAAUUGAUGUUCCUUCUACAAUACUCGUUAGCAUAUUUAGGGAAAAUAUUUUUCAUUGUUCCUACUCCAAAUCUAUAUUUGUGAAGCGAUGGUUUCUCCACCAGUGCGUAAGAUUCCUCCGCCGAUAGUUUUACGUCUCGUUAGGUUCCUUGAAGGACAGCAGCCGCAGAAGAAGUGCAUUUUUGGAGGGGAUGAAGAUACUCGUCUUCAGUUUCAUUUUACUUGUACUGACUAAUAAAAAUCUGAUUUUGAAAAA